GUCCUCUCCUGGUCUGUGGAGCAUGGCAAUGACAAAUUGGCAAAUGACAAUCUAAGGUGGCUCUUCUCCUUCUCCUUCUCCUUACUCUUAUUUUUUCUUCUGUCAUCCCCUCAGAGUCAAAACGAAAUACAUAUAUUGAUUGAUUCUUCUCUUCACCUCACCAAAUUUUACCAUUCAACAAUAAAGAAUUAAUUUUGGAGACAUUAAGAGAAGGUUGUGGUUAUUGGUGAAGGAGGGAGAUUAAAAAAAAAUGGAGGAAGCAAUGGCUGCACGGUACUGGUGCCAUAUGUGCUCUCAAAUGGUGAAUCCCGUCAUGGAAGUUGAGAUCAAAUGCCCUUUUUGCCAAAGUGGGUUCAUUGAAGAAAUGAGUAGUAGCACAGGGGAUACUCAGGUUCCUGAUUCUGAAUUUGGAUCUGAUCGUGCCCUCUCACUUUGGGCUCCAAUCUUGCUUGGCAUGAUGGGAAAUUCUCGUCGCCGUAGAAGGCUUAGAAGGAUGGAGUAUGAAGAAGGUGAGGAUGACAAUGAUGAUGGUGAAGCAAACCUUGGAGGAGAGACUGAAUUUGAGCAUGAAAUUGAAUCAUUCAUAAGGAGGAGGAGGAGGAGCAGAAGAAGUUCAGCUACAAUACUGCAAUUACUUCAAGGAAUUCGUGCUGGAAUUUUGGCAUCAGAAUCUGAGAACUCAGAAGGAGAUAGGGAUGGGGAGAGGGACAGGGACCGGGACAGGGACAGAGAGCGUGUCAUUUUGAUCAAUCCUUUUAAUCAAAAUAUUAUUGUUCAGGGUUCUUAUGAUUCAAACAAUGAUGAAAACCAGAAUCAAAAUCCAAUUGGGUCAUUCGGUGAUUAUUUCAUUGGACCUGGCUUGGAUUUGUUAUUGCAGCACUUGGCAGAUAAUGAUCCCAAUAGAUAUGGAACUCUGCCAGCUCAAAAGGAAGCCGUUGAAGCAUUGCCUACUGUGAUCAUCAAGGAGCCUUUGCAGUGUUCAGUGUGCUUGGAUGAUUUUGAGAUUGGCUCCAAGGCAAGGGAAAUGCCAUGUAAGCACAAGUUUCAUAGUGGCUGUAUAUUGCCAUGGCUGGAGCUUCAUAGUUCCUGUCCAGUUUGCAGGCAUCAGUUGCCUGCUGAUGAGUCCAAGCUUGAUUCUGAGAGAGCUAGAAAUAGCAGUGAUCGGAGGGAGUUUGAGAAUACUAAUAGUGAAAGUAAUAUUAGUCAUGGAAUUAGUGUUGAAGAGGGAGACAGGGAAGAAAGAAGUGGAAAUGGGAGAAGUUUUUCCUUUCCAUGGCCUUUCAAUAGCUUGUUUUCAUCUUCAUCGGGUUCGCAAUCUGGUGGAAACCAUCCAUCCUCUCCAGCGAAUGCACCUGGAAGCACUUCUCAAACAGAUGAGAAUUGAAUAUAUUUUCUGAACUUGCCAUAUUAGCUUCUUGCUCUCCAUGUUACUUGAAGCCUUUGCUUAUGUACAUAGCAUCUUACUGAAGGUUGGAUCUCGGAAGAACAAAUUGUGUUUCAAUCUCUCUGGUUUUUGUAGAUUUUUGCCUUCAUGAAAAUCUUUAUUUUUCUGCUGUUUCACUUGUGUAAUUAUUUCGAAAACUAUUUUGAAUGGCUCAAUAGCAGCGUUGGUUUUCUUUC